AUGCUUGUCGAUUCCGACACUGCGUCGCUUGACACGUUCCCCACCAACAUGGUGGUCUCCGACGAGCCGCCUCCUUGCGCGGAGAGCGGCGAGAGCGCCGUCAUGGAAGUGCUUGUCAUCGGCCACAUCGAGCACUCCGGCGGAGGUGCUCAAGAUCCGCUCAACACGGCACUACAAGACCUGACGGCGCCCAUCCCAGAAGACACCGACACCGAGAUGCUGGAAGCAUGCCGCAUCCAGCUCGUCGAGGGCGUCAAGAAGCUGGCUAGCAUGAGACGCCUGUCGGAAGCCUACCGGUGCGAGAUGGACCGCGCUGUGGGCGGCACGCCGGCUCCCGCUGGGCCCAGCCACCUUCGCACAGUCCAGCAGCGCAGGGUGGCCAUCGCCAACCUGUUCUGGGCAAAUCACCCCGUCUACGCCACGCCCGCGGAAAAUAUCCGAGCUGCCCAGGCGGCAGUAGAAGAGCUAGACAAGUUCGAGGGCGAAGAACGUCGCCAGAUGGCGGAGCGCGUCCAGCGGCUCCUCGACGCAGCUGCUGAGCAGCACGAGCGAAUCGGCUCCACUCGUCAAGCAAUACCGACCGGCGUCGCCCUACAAUGCCUCCUCAAGCCGUCUAUCAAGCCAUCGCCAGAGUCGGAUUCUAUCUUUGUGUCGGCUCCUCCUGAAGUAGUCGGGUCUGACUUGAGAGCUCCAGCAGCCGGCACGGGAAUUCCGGCAGGCGGCCCGGGGGCUGCGGCAGUCGCACUCGGCCCGGGGACUUCAAAACCCAGCCCGGGGACUGAAGCGGCCAGCCCGGAGACUUCAAAGCCCGGCCCAGGGACUGAUGCAGUCGGCCCGGGGACUUCAUCGACCCAGGAAGCGGCAGCCGACUCCAACCGGCCGCCUCCCGGCCCAACCGCCCUCGUCCAAGUUGCAGUCCUGGCAAUCGAAGAAAUCGCAGCACCUUCAUGGGCCCAGCCCAUCCUCAACUUCCUGGUAAACAAAGAGCUGCCGACUAAUGAGAUCUCGGCCCAGCAAGUGCAAUGCUGGGCAGCAGCUUACACCAUAGUCAACCGAGAGCUUGUGAGGUGCAGUGUCACCGGAGUCUACCAGCGCUGCGUCAAGCCGGAGCAAGGCCAAGCAAUCCUCAAAGACAUCCAUCAAGGCGAAUGUGGCCACCAUGCGGCUUCAAGAGCACUUGUCGCCAAAGCUUUCUGCCAUGGUUUUUUUUGGCCGACUGCUCUAGAAGACGCCAAAGACUUAGUCCAGAAAUGCAAAGGGUGCCAGAAGUUCCGUUCCAAGCCACAUCAGACGGCUUCUGCACUCAAGACUAUUCCCAUUGCCUGGCCCUUUGCUGUUUGGGGC